AUAAUAUGAUAAUAUAUUACAAUAAUAAUAGAAUGAUUUUAUAGAAUAGAAUAUAUAUAUAAAUGUAAUGUGCAUAAUUCCCAUGGACUAAACAACAAAACCACUGGACCAAAUCGCAUCAAAUUUGGCCACAAAAGACAUAUUCAUCCAAUCAAUCUGCAUACGGCAGCGUGUCAGCAAAAAUGGCUAGGUGUGUUAGUGCUGACACGCGUGCCAUAGGUUGGCCAUCACUGGGCUAGGCAGAUGUGCCUCCCAGCCAUGUGAACAAUGGCCCCAUACUCAGCAGAAAUCCAAGGCUGCUUCAGGACACGUAUACACCAGGCUAAAUGACUUGGUAUAUAUCAGUGAUUCUCAAACUUAUUUGGCCUACCACCCUCUUUCCAGAAAAAAAUGUUACUCAGCGCCCCCUGGAAAUUAAUUUUUUAAAUUUUUUAAUAGCAAUUAAACAUAAAUAUAUAUGUAUUAAUGCAUAUGGCAAAUGCACCCGUGGCCAUCACCCCCCCCCCCCCCCGGAUCACUGCAGCGCCCGCCAGGGGACGGUAGCACCCACUUUGGGAAUCACUGGUAUAGAUGUACCCCAAGUCACAUCCUUGGAAAGUACAAAUUUCAUCUGGGGUAGAAGCUCAUUAUGUCUUAUGCACUAAGCCAUGUGUGACUUAAGCAACAUCAAUGUGCGGUCAGAAUGGCAAAAGUUUAUUAAUGAGGAAGAAAACAUGUUAAGAGAGACAGUAGUGGUUUGCUUUUGGCAGAGCCUACAGAGAAUAUGCCUCACUUCUUCCCCCACUAAAUUAAUUAAAUUAGAACCACUUUUGCACUUUGAGCUCGAUCUGCAGCAACUGAAGUAAACUGAGCACAAACGGAGAAAGUGGCAGAAGAAGUAGGAAAUGGGGGCAUUUUAUUUAGAAAUAUUGUAUAAAAUUACUCUCAUGCUCUGUGUGUAAGGUAUACAUGAGAUAUACACAAAUUUCGUGUUUAGAUUUGGGUCCUAUCUCCAAGAUAUCUCAUUAUGUAUGUAAUGUAUAUGCAAAUAUAGGUACAGUAGAGUCUCACUUAUCCAACGUAAACGGGCCGGCAGAACGUUGGAUAAGCGAAUAUGUUGGAUAAUAAGGAGGGAUUAAGGAAAAGCCUAUUAAACAUCAAAUUAGGUUAUGAUUUUACAAAUUCAGUACCAAAACAUCAUGUUAUACAACAAAUUUGACAGAAAAGGUAGUUCAAUACACAGUAAUGCUUUGUAGUAAUUACUGUAUUUACGAAUUUAGCACCAAAAUAUCACGAUGUAUUGAAAACAUUGGCUACAAAAAUGCGUUGGAUAAUCCAGAAUGUUGGAUAAGUGAGACUCUACUGUAUUCUGAAAUCAAAAGCACUUAUGGUCUUAAGCAAUUUGGAUAAGGGACAUUCAGCCUGUAAAGAUUAAUUUACUGGACUGUGCUCAAUUUUUUUCCAACUCUGUUUUCAUUGCCAGAUGAUAUUCCAUGUGAUACAGUUAAAACACACAAUAUUUUGAUCCCCUGGUACGUUUUUCCACAGCAUCUUUUUUAAAAAAAAAAAAUAGAUGAAAUAUGCCACACACCUACAUCUGAAGUGGUCUUUUCAUUUUUUUCCCCUUAGAGACCAGGACUGAGUAAUCCAUUGAAAAUUGCUAUUAAAGAAUUGCUGCAGUCAUGCAUCUCCGUUGUGCAAAAGACUUAUUAAAAACUGCAUACUUCAGUCUCCAUAGUUCUCAAACACAUCGGUCUUUAAGAGCAAUUAAAAGGUGUCUCAGCAGUGGCACAAUACUUCGUGAUCGAAGAAGAGUGGUUGUCACCGGUAUAGGAUUAGUGUCUCCUCUUGGUGUGGGAGCCCAGUUGGUAUGGAACAAUCUACUCCAGGGAAAUUGUGGCAUUAUUGCUCUUGAAGAGGAGGAAUAUUCCACUGUUCCAUGUAAAGUGGCUGCUUGUGUCCCAAAGGGAACCGGUGAAGGUGAAUUCCAUGGAGAAAGCUAUGUGUCGAAGUCAGAAAGCAAAGCUAUGUCUUCUGCCACUAUCAUGGCCAUAGGUGCUGCUGAUCUUGCAUUGAAAGACUCUGGCUGGCAUCCACAAUCAGACCUGGAUUGUUUACAUGCUGGUGUGGCAAUAGGAAUGGGAAUGGUUCCACUGGAGGAAAUUUCAAAUACAGCCUUGAUGUUCAAAACAAAGGGUUACAACAAAGUCAGCCCAUUUUUUGUACCAAAGAUCUUGGUCAACAUGGCAGCAGGCCAUAUUAGUAUCAAGCACCAACUGAAAGGACCCAACCAUGCUGUAUCGACUGCUUGUACUACAGGAGCACAUGCUGUGGGAGAUGCCUUUCGCUUUGUAGCCUAUGGUGAUGCUGAUGUCAUGUUGGCUGGAGGAACAGAGGCUUGCAUUAGCCCCCUGUCUCUUGCUGGAUUUGCUAGAGCUAGAGCCCUGAGCACUAGCUUCAACUCAAGCCCUAAACUGGCUUGUCGACCAUUCCAUUCCCUGAGAGAAGGCUUUGUCAUGGGAGAAGGUGCUGCAGUUUUGGUUCUGGAAGAAUAUCAGCAUGCCGUACAGAGGGGAGCUAAAAUAUAUGCCGAGAUUUUAGGAUAUGGACUCUCAGGAGAUGCUUGCCACAUAACAGCUCCUAAUCCAGAUGGAGAUGGUGCCUUCAGAUGUAUGUCUGCAGCAAUCAAAGAUGCUGGAAUACGCCCAGAAGAUGUAACAUACAUCAAUGCUCAUGCCACUUCCACUCCACUAGGAGAUGCUGCGGAGAAUCAAGCGAUUAAAAGACUUUUCAAAGAACAUGCCUAUUCUCUUGCCGUUUCCUCAACCAAGGGAGCAACAGGACAUCUGUUGGGUGCUGCAGGAGCUAUUGAGGCAGCUUUUACUGUUUUAGCUUGUCACCAUGGCAUUUUGCCACCUACUCUAAAUCUGGAUCAAACUGAGCCACCAUUUGACCUGAAUUACGUUCCCCUAGUACCCCAAGAAUGGAGCAAUGAAAAAUGCCGUAUUGGUCUCAGUAAUUCUUUUGGAUUUGGAGGAACUAAUGCAACACUAUGUUUUGCUAAUGUUUAGCUUCCUAUAUCAGUAUAUAUAGCUAUUCCAAAAACAUUUCUCUUAUUAAUGGCCUUUAUUUAUGUAUGUAUAUGAUACACCUCCAUGUUGAUGUUGCCCCUCAUUCAUUGAGGGUCUUGGUCCUGAUUUGUGUAAUAUGUUGUUCUUGAAGUGGUUUGCUUUUAGAUUACUUCAAAAAACUAAAUUAUGAGAUGUUUAAUCUUCUUUAUUCCACUGAUCAAUAUUUUAGUUCUGCCAAAUUAAAUUAUGGAACCGGAUCUACAGAAAGGGUCUGUAAUAACAUGAUAUUUUGUUGGUACAUUGGCUAAAUGCCCAGCCUACAUUAGCAAGUAUACUCUUCAACUAAUUUGAAUACUUGUUGAGCUAUCAUCCUUCUCUUUGAACUUGUAUAGCAAGAGUUCCAUCAUAAGUGGGCAUAGUAGCCAAGCAUGAGGGGGGGAAAUCAUCAAAGGCUAAGUUAAAUUUUAGAAAAGUGAAGAGCUGGUGUGAGGAGUGCCAAUAGAGUGUUGUGAGUUGAAUGCUUGACUAGGAGACUAGGGUUUGAAUUCGUUCUUAGUCCUGGAAUCCUACUGAGUGUUCCUUGGCAAAUUACACUCUCAGCCUCAGAGAAAGGCAAGAGUAAAGCCCCUUUGAACAAAUUCUGCCAAGAAAGCUCUAUGAUAAAUUCAAGUUUAGGGUUGCCAAAACUCAGAAAUGGCUUGAAGGCACACUACAGGGACAUCACAGCAGAACAGUUAAACCAGUAUAUGCAGACAUAUUGUCAUAUCUUUGCCCAAGUGUUUGAUAUUAAACAGCUAGAUCCUCCUACAUUUGAAACCACCACUAUCAAUAAUAAUAAUAAUAAUAAUAAUAAUAAUAAUAAUAAUAAUAAUUUGAAAUUAUAUCUUCUCUUCUAGGGCUAAUAGUAUUUAUAGUCCAUUAACCGCUGGUGAGUCACAGCUGCCAUAACAACCUGAUAGAGUGAGGAGGAGCAUUGUUAUAAACAAGUAAUGGUCUUUGAACCAUUGAAAUCAGAACUUUAAAAUUCUUCUGUUUCCAAAGUAUUAAAAUUUAGAUUGCAAUAUGCAUAUUCAACAAAUAAUUCCAUAUUACAAACAGUAUUAAUUUUGAUAAUGGGUAAAGAGAUACAGAUGCUGGAAAAUUUGUCUUCAAAAUGCUAUGGUAAGAGCAUGACUCAAAGAAAUGGAAAAAUAAUUUAUUUCAACUGUUUUGAGUUAGUGUGUCUAAUGCAAAUUAUCCUUACCUAAAAGUGAUGUUGUUCAGAACAUCAAAGAAAUACAUGUUGAUCAUAUGCUUUUCCUGCAAACCUUAGCUUUUUGCUAAAAGCAGCAUAAUGUUUGUAUGGUACAUUGCAGUUUGUUACUUACUCAUAGAUUAACCAUCUUCCUUUUUCUUUGUAACUCAAGUGUUGGUAGAAGUUGAAUAAAAUCAUUUGCUUCCAAAUAAUUUGCAUUUAUGAUUAGACAAGAGAUAGGACUCAUAUGAUGCUGCAUCAAAUAAAAAAAUUAAAAUGCAUAUUUUUUUAAAAAAAUUCAGAAACGGACAAUAUGAUCUUUUCUACAUUAAUGAACUAGGACUUUAAUUAGCAUGAGAGAGUGCUAAUGGAAUGGGGAAGUGCAGUCCCGCAACACCCAGAGUCCAACAAGUUGCUUUGAAUUAAAUACACAAAAAUGUGAAACGUAUAUUCUUGUGAGUGUCCAAAUGUGUACUUGUGCACCAAAAUGAGUGAAAGUGGUGUCUGUCUAGAUGAUCUCAUUAAAUAAUUUAAUCAGUA